UGUUUGACAAUAGUGUCUGAGCUAAGUGAUAUUGGGAAGCUGCCAUUAUGUGGUUGUGUUUUAGGUCCACGCAUUAACAAAAGAGAACUCGGUCAGACGGUACAAAAUUAUCAAUCGUUCUCUUGGAUAGUUUCGGUGAACAUGGGAUCAAAAAGCAAGGAAAAUUUAUUCCCAAUGGAAGGGCUGGAAGCCCAGGAUAUAAUCGUGGAUGACAAGAGAUGCAAGAAGAGUAAAGAUAAGGAGGUACGACCGAAUAAUGGAGACCAUCGUGAAGGUCAUGCCCCUUAUCGAUCCGUCAGAACACUUUUGAAAUACUUCGUGAAUACUACCACUUUCCACGGCCUCCCGCAAAUUUUUGGAGCCCCUUACUUCCUCGAGAGGGUCUUUUGGUUGGCGGCGUUCCUCACAUGCCUAGGCGUCUUUACACAUCAAGGAACAGUUAUCGUCUAUGACUUCAUCUCCUACCCCUACUCAACUCGAACCGACAUCAUCACCGAAUCCUCCCUGGACUUCCCCGCCGUUACCAUUUGUAAUGCCAACAUGAUGAGGCGAUCGAAGCUCGUCGAUACUAGGUUCGAAGACCUGGUUGAACUCGACGGUGAUACAGGCGAAACCGAUGAUUAUUCUUUUUGGUUCGAUGACUCCUUCUUCAACGGACUCGAGGAAUCAUCUUCAUCUAGCAUGUCUAACAAAUCAGAAAGCAGUUCUUCGAGCAGUGAUACAGGGGCUUCUCAACCUGAAUCUACAGAUCUUGAGGAUAUAUUCAGCUUCUUUGAAAGCGACUGGGAUGAUAGUUCAUUUGAUUUCAGCUUCUAUGAUGCGUGGAACGGAAUAUCAGGAGCAAAUAACUGGAGAGCGAUCUUUAAUCAGUCUCAGUUACCCAAUUUCUCUGAUGUUCGAGCUCUCCUCAACCCUACGCGAGCCGAACUUGAAGAGUAUGGACACCAGGCUGAAGAUUUUAUCCUUCAGUGUAGCUUUGAUCAACGUCCUUGCAGCUACAGAAAUUUUUCGAGGUUUGAACACAGUCAAUAUGGAAACUGUUUUACAUUUAAUGGGAAGAUGUUGGAGGAUUCAACCAAGACGACACUGAGGUCAGGCAGAACUGGGUCAAAUUAUGGAUUGCAGUUAACUCUUUUCACGGAACAGCCUGAGAACAUAGGGAUCCUGACGGAUGAAUCAGGGAUCAAGGUAUCCAUCCACGGUCAGACUGAACAACCAUUCCCAGAGACCAACGGACUUACUGCAUCUACUGGUCAGAAGACUAUUAUUGGCUUAAGGAAGCUAAACAUCACCCGGCUUGGAGGUCGGUACGGUGAACCAUGUACAAGGGCAGGAGAAGGCACCAACUUCACAUCCCAGACGUUCUCCUACACGGUAAACACCUGUCAGAAACAAUGUCUUCAGGCUACCCUACGCCAGUCCUGUGGCUGCAUCACUGACAUCAGGUUUAGCAACUACACCCAAUGCAGCGCUCUCGACUCAAAGCAAGAAAAAUGCCGCCAACUUGUUGAAUAUCUCUACGAUACUAGUACCCUGAAGUGUUCUUGCCCAAUACCAUGCAGUGAGGAGUCAUACAGGCGAACUGUAUCAUCAUCGUUAUGGCCAUCAACAAGAUAUGAGGAACAUCUCGCCGAACAGCUCGUGAACAUUAACAACAAGCUGGAGAGGAUUCUCACAGAUUCAAGGAAAACCAGGGAAAAUGUUGUGAAUCUGGUGGUCUUUUUCGAGGAACUUAACUACGAGCUAAAUCUACAGCUACCCGUUUACACGCUGGAGAGUCUUCUUGGGAACCUGGGAGGCCUCCUCGGACUCUACCUCGGGAUAUCCUUCAUGUCAAUGGGAGAGAUCUUAUUCCUAUUUGCCGGCUUCCUGAAUAUCAUCGGCAAGAAUUUCCUCUGCAGGUCCUGCAGAUCCAAGAAAGAAUCCGAGCAAGCAUACGAUGAUCGUGACUCGAAUUCUCAAUUCAAUCAGUCUUCUCCUGAUUACGACGAAGAGGUUCCUCGAGCUCAGUGGUAUCGGAAUUUGGUGGUGCUGGGUACAUUGUUUGUGUUUUCAUCAAUGGUAGUCGUCGUCACACUCGUAGUCCUGUUCGAUAUCGGGCUCAUCAAAGUGAAUUUGUGAUACUAAACAUUAGCAGUAAACAUCCAUGUGAUAUAUUGAAUAUUGUUAAAUGUGAAUUUAUAAUAUUGUAUCACCUUCCAAGAUCAAGUAUGAAUAGAUUUUGAUAUAAACCAUCCCUGUUCAUCAAA